AUGAGCAGCAUUCCUUCUGAGCCCAAAACUCCCGCCGAGUGGCUCAAGUAUGCACAGAGUGAGGUCGUCACAUCCAUUCCAUUGAGACAAGAACGAAACACUAACAGUAUCAUCGAGCGGGAUAUCUAUCUAGAUGAAUCGAGGAUUGUGAAACCACCAUCCCAGCUCUGGUAUGCCUAUACAGAUGUGUUCGCAUUUACACAGCCAGAAGUUACCAUCUCUCCAGAAGCCUACGGAUCAAUGCAAAUUAUUGCAAGGGUUCUCACGGCGGACAAACCCACCCAUCUGAAGAUCAUUCCUGAUACGAUUUGCUGGAUACAUAUCUACGCUUCCAUCCUUGACCAGCCAUUGUCAGUGUCUGUAGGCGAUCAGGAGCCCCUACUCCUAGAGCUAGGUCAAGCAACGGGAAACGUGGGGGUGAAACUGAUUGUCUUCCCCGAUCACAUCGAUAUUGAGUAUCAAGACGUUUACAUGCGAGCGGUAGAUGAGGAUUUACAAUCCAGUCUCGAGACUCAGUUGCGCAUUGCCCUAGUUCUGUUUUGGAGGAACCCCUCCAUUGCCACUUCCAUCUGCUCGUAUGUUGCUUCAGUGACCUCUGAUUUAGCGUUAAAUUUCUAUGCCCAGAUCAAUACUCAGGCAGUGGCACUGGGGCAACAGCUGGUAGCCCAGGCGAUGAUGGGGCAGGAUAUCUCUCCUGCACUGAAGAUUGACCAGUAUAUGUCCACCGUACGCGAUGCGCUUGACGCGGUUACAACAUUCGAGGAACAAUACCAGCGCUUUCACGAUAAUAAAUGCAAUGUGGAUAGUUUGAAACUGGCAUGGGAGGCGUUGCUUCAGCAUGCGCAAACUCAGUUGAACAAAGAUAUAACUCUAAGAAAAGUGGCCUGGGAUAAAUAUCAGGAUGCUUGCACGGUGGUGGCUCGUUGCCAAGAGCAGUUCAACGCUGAUAACAGGCAACUUGGCGAUGCUGAAGCCAUAUUUCAAAGUGGCCUUACGACAUGGUAUAUGAAAACAGGGCUCAUAACGGUGUUUGAAACCUUGAGUGCAAUUAUCAAGUUUAGCAGUGCUCUUCCUAUUCCCUCCUUAGGAUCUGAAUCUUGUAUCGGCGACGCUGCAAAAAAUAUCAAUAGCGCAAUUGACGAUAUGAUACAACUAGAAAGGCGACCCGAUCAAACAGGCAAAAUAAUCCCAUCACCAACAUUGAAGACACUUGGUGAUUGCAUACAAGUCCUUGAACGCAUGUACCCCAGCACGAUACACCUUGCUGCAGCCAUCAAGGAGCUUGAAUCGAACCCUAAUGCUAAAAUUUCAUCUUAUGGUGAGGUGACAGAGACUAGGGAUGAAGAUACCCAUGCCCGAACUAUCAUAACACUUUCUGCGUGGGAUAAAUGGACCCUUGAUUCCGAUCAACAGCUAGAAUAUGCAGUCAAUCAAAAUAUCCUAGGAGCUCCCGCAUAUCGACUGGCUCUCCGGAAACAAGCUGUUAAUGGCAAGGCAUUGGUCCAAGCUCAGCUAGAGGCUGUGAGGGCUGGCCAUGAGUAUGUUUAUGCUGCGAUGGAGGUCAUUACCUGUAACCAAGACAUUACUUCUUUAGAGAACCUGCUGGGCCAAUAUAACAACGACAAGGAGCAGUAUUACCAGGCUGAAGCCAAAUUCUUCAGUCGCGUCCUGGCCGCUCGAACCAGCCUUGUGAUGCAAAUGCGGAAACUGGUUUGGGCGUACAAAUACCGGUCUCUGGCGGAUAGUUCAGCUGUACUUGACUCGCAGAAGUCUAUCGCCGAAUUCAAAGCUGAUCUUCUCACUCUCGACUGCGAAGUUCGAUCAGUAGACGAAAAAUACGCCACAUAUUUCCAACCAUUCGAGUAUCGCACCUCUUCGAGCGAGCUGCCUGCCAACUAUGGCGACUUAAUGAUCCAGGGGCUCCAGGGCGAAAGCCACAGUGCCGGCUUCACCCUUGCACCAGCUAUCGACCCAGCUGACAAGAACCAUUUUGCCAGCGUAUUCAACGAUGGCUCACAUUUCCGCCUAGAAGGUCUGGAAAUAUUCUUGCAAGGCGUCGUUCCCCGAGCAGAGGCUAUUCACAAUGGAGUCGCACAUGUUGACAUUGACAUUCUGACAUCAGGCGUUUAUGCCGAUAUCCAGGGAGGCAAGAUGUACCAUUUUACGGGCCCAGCAAUACAAGUGCGAUUUUCUUAUGAGAUCACGGAAUCGGGUGAGAUAGGUCAUACGGUUGUUUGUGCUAGAUUCCCAGCAGAAGAACAUGCUGAACCAACACCGUUUACUCAAUGGACGGUUAAAUUGCAGAACCCCGACGACUUGGAUUUAACGAAACUAUCUGGGGUUGAGCUACACUGGAGGGGAAAGGCGACGUUUGUUGAGAUAAAAGUAUCUAGUUAG